GUAUACCAAAAUCAAUAUAUUAAAAUAUUUACUUUCAUCUUUGAGUGUCGUAUAAUGGAACGCACUUUUGUUUUGAUCUGUCAAAAAUUUUCUCUUUAGCCGAGAAAUAACCGAUUUUUGUUUUCUUCUAUUUCUGUAUGAAAAUAAUAAUAGAAUUUACACAUUUUUAAUUUAAACAGUGAAAUAAACAUGCAAAAAUGUCCAACCUUAAAAUUUGUAGGAUAUGUUUACGGACAGAAGCGAAAAUGUAUAAAUACGAUAGAUUUCAGCUUAAAAUUUAUUACGAAGAAAUUACGGCAUUAAAAGUACCCGAGAAUGACGAUUUACCACAGUAUAUGUGCUACGAAUGCGCCACAAUGCUGCAUAAGUUCCACAAAUUUAAAGAAAAAUGUUACAAUGGACAGAGAGUCCUCAAAGAGAUCCAAUGGACAGGGAAUAUCACAUAUGAAGCCAUCUACAAAAUCGACAGACAAAACACAAACCUAGAAUCACCAUUAAGCGUAGUAACAUUGUCUGAUAAAGUCAAAGGUUACAACAUCAAAGAGGUGGAUCUAUCAUCUGUCAAACAUGAAAUUAAAGAACGACAUACAGAUGAUUUUGAUCUCUACAGCGACUAUUCUAAUGAUAAAGAUCUAUUGAUCAAUGAAAAUGUAGAAAAAAGUAAAGAGCGAGAUGCCCCAUACAGUCCGGUAGCAAUGGUUGUGGAUGAAAAGAGAGAAAGUAUUCUAAAAUACGAGGAAUAUAAGAAACGGAAACGUAGUAGAGAUGAUGACGACGAACCUAAUAGGAAAAUGAAGAAGGGUUUGGAUCUGAGUAAUUGGAAGGUGUAUUCGUUAACGGAGGAGCAAGCGUUGGAGGAGUUUAGGGCGAGAGCUGAACAUCCAAAGUAUUUGGCAGCGAGGUACAAGUGCUCGGAAUGCUUUAAGGGAUUCUCGAAGAAAGAGAUGUUGGAGAGACACACAAAGAAGAGACAUUUUGAGGGUAUAGGUGACUACGAGUGUUGGUUCUGCCGCAUGCGAUACAAAUGGAAGUGUAUGCUGCGCAAGCACAUGCUUCAACACUACUACAAGUUCGAGUGUUUGCGGUGCGACCUCGUCUGUAUGCAAGAGAACACAGCAGUCCUACACGAAGAAUUUCAUAGCGGCGAGAUGAAGCAGUGUAUCCACUGCGAACAGAAAUUCAAACAUUUGUCAACAUACUACACACACCUGCGCACGCACAGGAGCGACUACGUGUGCACGUUGUGCGGCAGUGCGUUCGUCAGCGAGGCGGGGCUGCACCAGCACAAACAACUCAAGCAUGAUGAUUAUGAAAUAGAAAGUCCGGACGAUGAUGACGAAGUGAACACGUUCUGCGAAAAGUGCGAUAUUAACUUCGAGACGCGGAAGGCUUACGAGGAACACGUGUUCCAGUCAGCCAUGCAUGCUGAGGAUAUAAAGGAAUCUAAGGAUGUGCUCGCUACUUCAAAGAAAAUUUUCAACAAAAAUGAGAAAGCGAAGAUCAUCACAUCACUGCGAACUAUUCUGAAACCAGAUUUAGUGUUCCCAUCGAUCAUUCGUAAACGGCGCAAGAAGAAAAACAAGCGGUUACAUCGUAAGCCCACCACGUGUUAUCAAUGUGGCAAACACUUCGACACUCAAGCGGCGUACACGAAGCACCACCUGGAGGCGCACCCGCGCACCUCCUUCUACUCGCCAGCCGACCGACAUAUAUGCGAGAUAUGUGGCGCCUCUCUAGCACCCGGCAGUGUCGCGGUGCAUCUCAACAUCCACACUCGAGAGACGAUAUAUACAUGCGACACGUGCGGGCGACAGUUCCACACCAGCGUCGGUCUGAAGCGACAUUUAGUCACCCACACUGGCGAGAAGAAGUACGUGUGUCGUGAAUGCGACAAACGCUUUACGCAGAGCAACAGCUUGAAACUACACAUCAAUACGUUUCAUCUCAAACACCCAUAUCCUAAACGGAAGAGGCGUCAAAAGAAACCAGAGCUGCAGACUGCCACUGAAGCUGGAGUGACCACCGAAGGCGAGUCGGAUCACAGCCUCCCCGAGCCCGAGAUACCGGAGCCUCAAAUGGGAAUAGAACCGGUGCCGAACGCUGUGCCCGUAGUAGAUAACGAUGCGCAGUAUCUGCGACUUUAAAACGGUAACUUCGACGCAGUAAGCUGACCAGGUAAUGUGCUGGAAGUUUAACUUUACUCGUGGAAGGCUACUAACUUUGACUUUUUGUCUAUACUAUUCGAAAUUAAAUGAACAAUAAAAUGAACCUAAGGUUAAAUGCUGGAAAUUAAAUUUGACUAAUGUACUAGCUGGCUUGAAACUUAGUAUUGGUUUCUAUAUUAUAGGGAAAUGAAAGUAAAUAAAAAUAUCUCAUCCCUAGAAAUAUAAUAUCGAGAAAAAAACGCUUAAUACGAAAGUGACCAUUUCUAAUGCAUUUCCAUCAAAUUAAUGAUAAAUACAUUUGUCAUUGUAAUUCUAAAUGCGAUAUUUUAAUUAUGUCUAUUGUGUCAGAUGAAAUUGACAGGUCUUAAAAAGGCAUUAUUUUUUUUUUAAUUCUUUGUCUAUAAUAUAAACUUCAGGCUGAUUGAUUAUAUAAACAUGAGCAUAUGUAUUUGAUAAACUAAGCCGCUGUUAUUGCACAAUAUGCGGUACUAUUGCUUUCAGUAGAAACAUCACUCUAUUUACGUAGGACAAUGCGAUUUAUAAUAUUAAAGAUAUUAGUAGCAAAAGAAAUUAAUAACCAUAUUGAAAAAUUUGGUAAGUUAUACAAAUUUAUUUCUAGUAACGGUAUUAAUAGGCUAUCACCCGUAUUCAUAAACGUUAUUUAUCGAAGGACAGAGCAUUGCUGUGUAAGUCUAUUUCUCAGCUUUGUUUAUCUGCCAGCUUGAUGUUUGUUCGGCUUUGUAUAUUUGACAGCCAACUAGAUUAAAGUUGUAUCUGAAUAUUAGCCAAUCACAAAGGCCCUAUGUCUACGCACUGCGAAGGCUGCCAUGCCGUCAGCAUUGAGAAACGGACUUGUUAUCACAGCAAUGUUCCGUCCUUAGAUAAGUAACGUUUAUGAAUACAGGCGCUAGUUCAUAGAAGGCAUUUAAAAAAAAUAUAAAUGUUAGGCGAUCUUCUGUAGAUAGGCGAUACAAAAUAAUAUACAGCUUAUAUUAGAACAGCUUGAGAUUACAAUAAUUAGACGUUGCCAAAACAAAGCAAGCUAUGUAUUAAGACAUCACAUAUUUAUUACUCAUAUUCUAUAUAAAAAUAUAUUCUUGAAAUAAAAAAUCUGUGGCAUAUGAGUAAAAUUUUAGUAUCUUAAGUUUUAUUGUGAAUAUAACUUAAUUAUUCACAAUUUUACAUAAUACCAAAAUCCGAUAACUACACAAGAUUUGUAACAACUGUAUUUAUUAUUGGGGUAACUUGUUAAAUUUUUUGGCGUAACACGCUAACUAUGGAGGUUAUUAUUAGGGUAAACAGUAAAAUCUUAUAUAUUAACCACAAUUAAGCCAUAUUCAAUUUGGAUUAUAAUUUAAUUCUCUUUUUAUUGUAUCAUUAUGUGAAACUGUAGCAGCACACCAUAAGACCAAAACGUGAUGUAACAAAAACAAGUUACAUAUGAUCAUAAUGCAUAAAUAAUUUGCAAUCAUUUAAACUUAACACAAUAAUAACCUCUUUAUAAUAUAACCUACUCUCAAUAUAUUCCAGCGUCGAUAUAAAGUACUUUGCAUUCCAUUAUUGAUAGAUUUCUGUCUAUCAGGCCAUGAAUUGAGAUUGUCUUUAUGUUAGUAUAUUCUACGUGUAUUAUUAGGCUUUAUAAGUGACGCUUAGAUGUGUGCAAACGUGUUUUUAAUGGCUUAGUUUUGUCAUGGAUAUUGGGGUACUUGAAUAUUAGUAUUUGUGCACAUUAUUGUAGAUUUCCCUAUGAAUAGGCCAGCUUGACUUUUAUAAAUAAAGUAACAGUAACUCUGCUUUUGCAUAUUGCACGGUCAGUAAGAUCAGAGGUCCAAUGUAUCUGUAAAUAUAAGUAUUGGACCCACGGUUCUGAGUCUGAGAACCAAAUGUUGUCUUUCUCAACUCUCAUGUGUUUCAAUGACUGAUAACUAUCAUUUUAUAGGCUUUAUAGACGUCUAUGAUAGAUGAUUAUUCUACCGCCAUAAGGAAAAAAUAUAUCUGUUUUCUUUUUCAAAAUAAAUAUACUUAACGAUAAAUUCUUACGAUUUUUUCUAUCUCAUCUGUUUUUUGUUGGUAGUCUUAAUACAUUCUUUCUAUAAAUUAUUUGAAAGAACGAAUGAAUUAAUCAAACAAACAAAUACAGAUGAGAUAGAAUAUUCCAUGAUAUUAUUUCGUUGCGUACAUUUAUUUUGAGAAAUACCCAUCUAACAAUUUAUUCAAAAAUUUAUUCAUCACACACAUAUUCGUACCUAAUCAGUAAAAAAGACUAAUCAAACAAUCACUUUUUUUCUCCGGAUAAAAAUGUAUAAGUAUAGAAAUAUUUAUUAUAGGGACAGACUUACUGUUAUAUUACCUUUCUGCCCCGCUGUAAUAAUGUUAUUGAAGAGUGCCCCAUUAUCCAUAUAUCGUUCAAAGCUAAGGUAAAGCUUCCACCUCAGGUUGUAAUUUUAAUGUGAAUCCAAAGAUAAAGCAAUUUUUAACAUAAGUGUUGUGAAAACGGUUGAUUUUAUUUGUGUGUGUAUUUUGUAUUGUAGCUUAAUGUUGUGAUUUCGAUGCAGGAUUGUAUGCAACAUGGGCAAAAUAUAGUUGUUAGCUCACUAAAGCUUGGAGUGGCUUGGGUGGACCAUAGACUGAUAUUAUCUGUGAUCUAGGGUCAGUAUCACUAUUUUAAAAAAAGGGCGGUAAUUGCUUAACCGUCAUUUUAGAUAACCAAUCCCAUUCGUUUCUUUAUUCGAAAAUAGACCAAUUAGAACAUUUUUUACAUGCUUAUAAAUGCCUUAUUUUGAUUGGUUUAUUCUCGGGAUCGGGGUCGAGGUUUGAAAACGGGCUUAAAACGGUGUGUGAGGUGUCAAUUUAUCCAAGAUAUCGUGGAACAAGUGCGUGUAUAAGUACAUAACUAUGUAUCUUACUCCUUUUAUGUUUUAGUAAAUAUCUGUGAUAUAUUUAUUUGAUAUUUCUACUCAUUACUUACGUACAUAAGCUCACGCUUUAAUACUGAAGGGUUAGGCAGAGGUACAACUUGUGCAUCCAGUUAUUUUCAUGUUUAAAAUACAUUUAUACUACUAUUAAAAAUACAUUGUCGUUUAACCAGUCACUGUCUUUUGGAUUUUAAUUUAAUAUUUGGUGGGGACUUUCACGGUUAAUAUUAUAAAUACAUUACCUGGAAGUUGAUCAUUUUAGUAAAUGAAAUACCAAUAGAUUUUAUGGAAUUUUAGGUACUUAAAAUAUUUGAAACAAACCACACGUCUAGUAUAUAAAAAUUCAAACAUUACUAUACUUAAACAUUCAUUUCAGUAAUAAAAAUAUAUACAUUGUACACAUAAUAGGUAAUUGUUGCAUACAAUCUUGUAAUGGAUUACUUAAACUAGCAUUUAUGUUGUGAUAAAUAUGUUUUAUUAACCCUUUUCUUGGCAAGAAAAAAAAUCUAUGGAAAAUCUUUUUUUUUGUUUAAUUCUGUUUUGAGCAUAAAUAUUAAUGAUAUAAAAAAUGGAAAAAAAAAUCCUGGGUAUCUAGUUUUGGAGAUAUACAAUGUAUCCCACGAGAUACAUUGCCAAGUAUCUGUACUUUUCCCCAUAUAAGCCAAUGUAUCCGAGAGGAUACAAUGCUCAAAUAAAAUAAAACGACAAAUUACUUAAAAAACAAUUAUAAUCAGAAU